AUGAAGGCGCAACUCAGCGACUCUCGCAUCGAGCGGAUGGCGGGCAUGGUGCUCUGGAAGGGCUUGCGCAGGGUCUCCUCCAACUGUGACAACGAUGCCUUGUCGGUCCUGGCGUUGGGCGACAUAACUCCCUUCGCCGCGUACCACAUGCAGCUCCAAUUUGCAGUUGACACCUCUCGCGCCUAUCUCUACGAUCAGAACGUUAAGGUCUGGAGCCCGUGCUAG